AUGGCACCUUACGAGGCUCUAUAUGGAUGUAAGUGUCGUACUCCUCUACAUUUGACUAAGUUGGGUGAACGUCGAGUUUUGGGUACUAAAUUGGUUUCCGAGACUGAGGAUAAGGUUAGACUGAUUCAAGAUAAUCUGAAAGCACCGUCUGAUAGACAGAAGUCUUGUGCGGAUAUGAAGAGGCAUGAUAUUGAGUACUCUGUGGGAGACUUCAUUUUUCUAAAGGUUUCUCCAUGGAAGAAAGUUCUGAGAUUUGGUUACAAGGGAAAAUUGAGCCCUAGGUUCAUCAAACCAUAUUGGAUUCUGAAACAUAUAGGGCUGGUCACUUAUCAGUUAGAGCUAUCUCCAGAGUUGGACCGCAUCCAUAAUGUCUUUCAUGUCUUGAUGUUGAGGCGUUACAGCUCUGAUCCUACUCAUAUGGUCCCUGUUGAGGAGAUUGAGGUCCUGAGGAGGAAGUCCAUUCCAUUGGUGAAGGUUCUGUGGCGGAAUCAUAACACUGAGGAGGCCACGUGGGAACAUGAGGACUUGAUGCAUUAG